AAUCAGCUAAACUACGCAUGCGCAAUACACUUUCUGAAAAAAGCAGCCAAACAACAUAAGACACGCCGAAUAUUUGAAAUCGAGGUUGGAUACAAUCAUACACAAGGUAUUUUUGAUUUGGUAGCAACGAAUUAAAUAUCUUCCUGUAUAUAAUAAUUACUUAUUGUUCAUCGUAUCUAAUCUACUUACUUAGCUUAAAUUCGUAACAGCGUGGAACUAGUAUGCAAUUAUUCAGUUUUACUAUUCGUUUAAGCGUUGCUUUACUAUUUUGUUCAUUCGAAUUGAGUAUAUGUGGUAGGGAUUUCUAUGAGAUUUUGGAAAUUGAAAGAUCUGCAACCACAAGAGAUAUAAGAAGAGCUUAUAAAAAAAUUGCUCUUGUGAAACAUCCAGACAAGAAUCAAGACAAUCCCAAUGCUCACACGGAAUUUGUAGAAAUUACUAGAGCUUAUGAAGUUUUAAAAGAUUCAGAUUUGCGAAGAAAAUAUGAUACUUACGGUGAAAAAGCUCUAGAAGAUGAACAAACAGGAGGCCGACAAUACGAGUCUUGGCAAUAUUAUAACACCGAGUUUGGAAUAUAUGAUGAAGAUCAAGAAGUGGUAACCUUGUCAUCGCAAGAUUUUGAAGAACUUGUUGAUUCAACCGACGACGUCUGGUUUGUUAAUUUUUACAGUCCCCGAUGCUCUCAUUGCCACGAUUUGGCUCCAGCUUGGCGAGCAAUUGCCAGGGAACUAGAUGGAGUUAUUCGCAUUGGAGCAGUAAAUUGUGGUGAAGAGUGGCAUCUAUGUAGAAGGCAGGGUAUUCAUGGUUACCCAUCUCUAGUUGUUUACCCAAAUCGAGAAGAAUUUAGUGGGCCUCGAAAUGAAGACACAAUUUUAAAAUUUGCUCUGAAAUUUGCCAACUAUCAAGUUCACGAUCUUCAGGCUCUGUCCGAAAAUGCUUUACACAGUUCUUCCUGGCUAAUAACUUUCUGCUCCUUAGAUGGAGACUGCUUGUCAAAAAACACUAGAACAAAAGUUGCGGCUAUGCUCAAGGGUAUUGCCAAGGUAGCUUACAUAGAUUGUGAUAGAAAUUCUAAAUUAUGUUCUUCUUAUAACAUGGAACAUGGUACUUUAUUUUUCAAACACUCCAUCCAAAAAGGAAAUGGUUUAGCAGUAGAAUCGCUUGAAGCAAGGGAUGUCGUAAAUUUUGUUUUGAAUAAAGUAGACGGACUGCAAUUGAUAGAAGAUAGUAGUGUUGCGGACGUAAAAAAGAAUCGAAGAAAUUGGUUACUCUACUUGACACCUGAUAGCUCUGAAGAUGUACAAUGGCGAAAGCUUCCUCCAUUGGUUGAUGCCUAUGGUAUUCAAGUAGGUCGUGUUAUAUGCUCAGAGAACUCUCUAUGCAAAGACCUCCAUAUUUUCAAGACUCCUUCCUUCGUUCUAUUUAAACAUAAUGGAGGUCAUGAAAUUCAUUUCGGUCGACAAACACCUCAAGAUGUAGCUACGUGGACGAAGGCAGCUAGUGAAAGUCCCUUAAUAGUAUUAAGCCCUGAACAAUUUCAGAAUAAAGUCAGGAAAACCAACAAACCUUGGCUAGUGGAUUUUUAUGCACCAUGGUGCCCUCCUUGCAUGAGACUUUUACCCAAGCUUCGUCAAGCUGCUAGUGUAGUAGCCUCAGAUAAAGUGAGAGUAGGAACAAUCGACUGCACUGUUCAUCAGCAACUGUGUAGAGAUUAUAAUAUUCGGAGCUACCCAACGACAAUUUUGUACAACGACAGUGUACCUCAUGACUUCAACGAACACGAUUCAGUUAGUGAAAUAGUAGAAUCAGUAAGAGAUAUCCUUCGCCCUCCUGUACAAACAUUAAAUUCAAAUUCCUGGAAGAAUGUCAUUGAUCGUAAAGAUAGAGGAUGGAUAAUUGAUUUUCACGCUCCAUGGUGUGGUCCAUGUCGUCAAUUUGCACCUGAAUUUAGACGAUUAGCGAAGAUUCUUCAAGAUGAUGAUAAUAUUAUGAUUGCUCAAGUUGAUUGUGAAUCUGAUAAACAAAUGUGCAGAGACAAUGAUGUUCGCUCUUAUCCAACGAUUCGGUUUUAUCCACCCAAAUCAUCGCCCUAUACGCAUAUAGAUUAUUCUGGAUGGCAUAGAGAUGCUCAAAAUAUUCGUCAGUGGAUUUAUUCUUAUUUACCAUCGGAAGCUGUGGACUUGAGAAAUGAUAAUUUUAUUGAAGAUGUUUUAAAAUCUGAAACUCCUUGGCUUGUUGACUUUUACGCUCCUUGGUGUGGUCAUUGUCAUCAAUUUGCCCCUGACUUUGAAUUAAUAGCUAGAAAGUUAAAAAAGAAGAAUGUAAAAAGCGGAAAAGUGGAUUGUGAAAGUUAUGGUAGACUAUGUGAGAAUGUAGGUGUAAGAGCUUUUCCUACAGUUGUGCUUUGGACCGGCAAAAGGCCACAUCAGAAGAAGCAAAGCUUUCAAGAUGCCGUGGAAUUGAAGAGUCUCAAUGUGCAAGCAGUUAUUGAUUUCGUUGAGAGAUUGUUACCAGCUAAAACCACUCAUAUACACGAUGAUCUCUGA